GCGCAGCUGCGUCUCCGCCAGCGGCUGGCCUAGCGCCUCCUUUACAGUGUUUCAGGCCGGGCAGGCCGUAGCUCCCCGCCCGGCUGCAGUGUCCCAGGCGCGGCGCGGGAAACCUGCGGCUGCUUCCCCGGGCGGGGCGCGGCGCGCUCGCUGCAGCAUGUGGGGGGCAGGCGGGGGGCCCCUAUGGCGCCAGCUGCGAGCGCUCGCACCCGGCGGGGCCCAGCGGCGGAACCCAGCGAGCGGUGGCGGGGCGGAGGCCGGCGCGGGCGCUUUGCUGGCGGGCGGAUUUCGGGCUCUGCACGGGUCCGCCGGGCUCUGCGGCUCCAAGAACCUGCUCAAAAAAUUCGCUUCCAAAACCAAAAAGAAGUUUUGGUAUGACAGCCCUACAUUGGGGUCUCAUCUGGUGUACAAAUCAUCCCGGUUGGCCACUAUACUAAAGACUACUCAGCAGAAAACUAGGAAAGAAGACACAAUACGCAAAAGGGUCUUAAACUCCCUCCUGUAUAAAGCUGUGAUGGACUUGAUGAGCACCUGUGAAAUCAGUCAAGAGGUUUAUGACCUCAGGUUGGAACUCACCAAGGUAGCCCUGGCCCCAGACUUCUCAGCAUGUCGUGUGUAUUGGAACCCUGCUGAAAGUGCACUGGAAGAUGAGCGUAUUGAAAACAUUUUACAGAAAAGUGCCCCAAUUAUAAGGCAUCAUUUGAUUACCCAUCAGGUCCUGAGAAAUGUUCCUCCAAUAGUGUUUGUUAAAGACAAAGAAGCUGCAGCUAUAAAAGAGAUUGAUAGGUUAUUGGCAGUUGCGGAUUUUGGACCUGAGGGAGAAAAAGAGACUUUGGCUGGAAACAAUUUUAGUGAAUCAGCAUCUUCAGUGACUGAAUCAUCUGCUGACACAUCAGCUUUGUCCAUCUCCUCUAAUCUUUUUGGGAUCAACCAUGAAGUGCUCAAUAAGCAAAUAAUGGAGUACAAGACUAUGAAAAGGGUGAAGGACACAGAAGGCAUUGGGUGGGCAGAGCAACAGCGGAUGCAGCUGGUUGAGAUACAAAAGCAAAAGAAAACGAAAAAGAAGAAAAUAAGUGAUCCCUUUGAUAAUGAUAUCACUCCACAGAAAUAUUUACUGGACAAAUACAGUGAAGAUUCUUUGGAUGGUGACAUUGGAUCAUCUCAAGAUAGUGAGCUGGAGAAUGAAUUACAGGAAGUGGUAGAUGAACCAGAGGUAGAUGAUGGCAGAAAUCCAUCUACUACAGAACUGAAAUGAAAUUAAAAAGCCUUUUUUAAAA